GUCAAGUGGUAAAACAUUCAGAGUGUCUGUCAUGUUCGAAACUGAUUUUGUCUGUAUGGGAUGAAAUUAAAUACUUUACACCUCCUGUUGUGUCAAAAACAAGAUGGAUCAAAACAUUGCUGAUUUUCUGCUGGAUGCAAUCCCAGAGACAAACUUUGAGAAUCUAAAUUUUGAUGAAGACACAGCAACCGCUCACAGCAUUAAUGCACCUCAAAAUAAGCCAGGCAUGAAGGAGGACGACAAUCACAGAGAAUCCAGUGGAUCUGAUUCUGACAUAGAUUCAGAGUGGACGAAUAGGGAAGAGGAAACUAAGCACUGUUUUGAGAACAAUAGGAACUUCUCUUUAGAUAAACAAAGCAUGAAGGCAGGAUCUACACUUUGUGGUUCAUGGGAUGACAACGAUCCAGUCGAAAAUAUGACACAAACCCAAAACCAGCUAUUAAGCUUGCAUGAAGAGGAGUGCAGAGAGAAAGAAUUCGAGAUACAUGAAGAUAUCCAUCAAAUGAGCAAGGAACAAGCUGAAGAUGACAGUGUGCUGGAAACGGUUCUUCCGAAAGGAUCUCACUAUGGUCUGGAAACAAUGAGCACAAAGACUCAGGAGGAGACCACAUCUCAUCUACUGUCCUACCAGAUGGUGGAUAAAUCUGAAAAUGAAAGCUCAACGUCAAAAGAGGAAAGAAUGGAGCCUGAUAGCACUGAGGAAUAUGUCCUUCAGAAUUCACAAGAUGAUACGCAGCUCAAACGUCUUAGUGCCAUACAGUCAACACGGCAAGAUUGGAAAGUAGCAUCAGCGGAGGUCCAGUCUGAGGAUGAGAUGAACGAGUUUACAGAAGAAGAGGAUCAUGAGAGAGACGAAGAAGGUUUAGCAGAGUAUCCCUCUGAUCUGUCUCAAAGUGACAGUGGGGACAGCAGUGAAGGUCACGAGGCUGGACAACCCAAUCGCACAGACAGCAAUCUAGUUGAGGUGCAGGCUGUAGGCCUAGGUUGUUCCUAUGAGACGGAGAACCUAGAAGAACCUCUGGAUGCUGGAUAUCACCGUGAGAUUUCAAACAUUGGGGAAAGUUCUGAUUUUGGAUUCUCUAAGAAUUUCCGAUCCAAUUCCAGUGAAUGCUACAUGAAUGAACAGCCCGACUAUGAUAGUGAUUUCAGCAGUGAUGGUGACUACGGCAAAAACCAAGAAGAUCUACCUGAAUUCAUUUCACAUACAGUCUCAGAGGACAAAAACACACCUCUCCAGAAACAAGAGCACACCUUCACAAAGGACUUUGGUACAGACUGGAACAGUAUUGAGCAUGAAGAAGUGGAUGGGGUGGUCAAAGAUAGUCAGAAACCAGAGAUGUGUUGUGUAGAAGGUUUAUCAAGCAUUCCAACAUUUCAUGGAACUGAAAUGAAAUGUUAUUCGGAUUUGUCUAAAAACAUAAGUGUGGCUGAGUCACAUCCAUCAGAGUCUGUUUCAGUGAAAACAGACCAGAACAACCAAGAACAUAAUAGUGAACAUUCAGAAGUUUUAGACAUUGAAGAAAAUAUCAACACUUUGUUACCUGGGAUGUUUUGGUCCCAGGACAACUUGAAGCUUGAUGAAUAUGACUGGGACAUUAAUGAAGAAGAGGUGAUCUGUGAUGAAGAGGACAAUUUCCUAGAAGAGCUGGAGGAUGAUGAAGAGGAGACCGAGAGGGACUGGGAGAAAGAAAAGGCAAGAAUUGAAGCAUUUAACAGAUACUACGAGCCUGUCGAAGGAGAGGAAAACAAGGCGAGAAGCCAUAAAGUGACAUUUUGUUUGGAGCCGGAAACCUCUCAGUAUGAGGAGGAUAGUUAUAGCAGUGAAGAGGAACUGAGAACAAACUUUUGCAUUAGUGAGUUGCAUCCUCCAGAGUCCAGUUCAUUCAGACAAGACCAAAGCAAUGGAGAAGACAGCCGUGAACCCUCAGAGGAUUCAGACGGCAGAGAAAAUAUCAGCACCUUUCUGAUGGAUGAGGACAACAUGAAGCUUGAUUAUGACCGUGAUAUUAAUGAAGAAGAAGAGUUCUUUCAAAUUAACUCAAGUAAGGUGAUCUGUGAUGACGAUGAUGAUUUCUUGGAGAAGCUGAAAAUUGAAAUAGAGAUGGAUACGGAGCAGGAACAAGCGAGAAUUGAAGCAUGUAACAGAUAUUAUGGAGAGUCUUUUAAAGAGGAGCAAAAUGAGGCAGUAACAGAUGGGACCCACAAAGUUAUGUUAAGGUUUCACCAACAACCUUCUCAAAAUGAUGAGGAUAAUGAUAGCAGUGAACAGGAAUCAAACACAGAAGAUGACACUGCCAGCAUCCUGAAGACUGAGGACCAAAGUGAUUCUGAUGAAGCAGAUGAGAGACAAUUGUACACAGGAAGGUACAAAGUCUUACCAAAGGGCUUACACAAGGCAGACAAGAAACUGAAGGAACACCCCAAAAGAAAUAAGUGUCUUGUCCUGAUGCAGUCAGUGUUAGCAGGGAGUCUAGUGACGGCGGUGGGUGUGCUUUCUUACUGGUGGGCCACAGACACCCUGGACUGGAUCUACUGAAUUCACAUGGAUCUUGGAUAUUCAACAUGAUUCAA